CGCAUGCGCACUGCAGUUCUAAACAUGUUUACUUCCUGUUUUCGGCGCGCUGACAAUGAAUCUCGAUCUGCUUGAGACAUUUGGCCAGAAUUAUCCGGAGGACUUUGAUGGUGCUCUGGACUGUGUGAGCAUUGCUGUGACAUGCUCCUUCAACAGACAAGGAACACUGUUGGCAGUGGGAUGUAAUGAUGGCAGGAUCGUUAUUUGGGAUUUCCUGACUCGUGGCAUUGCCAAGGUCAUCAAUGCUCAUGUCCAUCCAGUCUGCUCCAUUAGCUACAACAGGAAUGGCCGGAAGUUGUUGAGUGCUGCCACAGACAACACAGUCAGUGUGUGGAACGUGCUGACGGGAGAGUGUGACAGGGUCUUCCGGUUCCCAUCCCCAGUCCUCAAAGUACAGUUCCACCCCAGAAACAGUGAUCAGUUCCUAGUCUGUCCCCUCAAGCAUGCAGCCGUGUUGAUGACCGUUGAGGGCUCACAUGAACUCAUCCCUCUGGACGAAGACUCUGACUUGAACAUCGUUGCAUCGUUUGACAGGAGAGGCAAAUUCAUCUACACAGGCAAUGCCAAGGGGAGGAUUCUGGUGUUCACAGCUGGUAAGCUUGAGCUGCAGGCUUCAUUCCGAGUGACAACAGGGACACUCAACACCACUGCCAUUAAGUCCAUCGAGUUUGCCAGGAGAGGAGAAUGCUUCCUGGUGAACUCUGCUGACCGAAUUAUCCGUGUGUAUGAGAGCGGGGAGGUGUUGGCGUGUGGGAAGGAUGGAGAGCCGGAGCCCAUACAGAAACUUCAGGACUUGGUCAAUAAGACACUGUGGAAAAAGUGUUGUUUUUCCGGGGACGGGGAGUAUAUUGUUGCCGGCUCGGCCCGACAACACUCCCUCUACAUCUGGGAGAAGGGCGUUGGCAACCUCGUCAAGAUUCUUCACGGCACCAAGGGGGAACUGCUGCUGGAUGUUGUGUGGCAUCCGGUGAGGCCGAUCAUAGCCUCGAUAUCCAGCGGCCUAGUCUCCAUCUGGGCACAGAACCAAGUGGAAAAUUGGAGUGCUUUUGCUCCUGAUUUCAAAGAGCUUGACGAGAAUGUGGAGUAUGAGGAACACGAGUCGGAGUUUGACAUUGAUGAUGAAGACAAGGAGAAGGAAGAGGCAAAAGGGCCUGAUGCGGAGGACACAGAGGUGGACGUGACAACCGUGGAAGCCAUACAAGCCUUUGUCAGCAGUGACGAAGAUGAUGAGGACUACACAGCGCUGCUGUAUCUGCCGGUGUCGCCAGAGAUCGAUGAGCCUGAGGAGGGGUGGCAGGCUUUGGCUGAAGCUUCUCACUUACAAGGGUUUCUAUGUCAGAGGAAGUCAGACCAAGGCGCAGUCACCCAGGCAGAAGACCCCCCAGUAGUCCAGGAAAAGAAGAGGAACCUACCUCAGCCUGAGACCACGCCCCCUGCCAAGAAAAAGAAGACAAAACCAGUAGAAAUUGACCUGCCUGAUGCACCGUUUGAUGAAAUUCAUCCACUGCUGAAUGUAAAGAAACCUCAAGAAAAAUCUCAACAGCGGAAACAGUCACGACCGGCCAAACCACGAACUUCCAAACCCGAGAAAUCGCGACACAGGGCAAAAGACGAGAGCUACAGUUUGAAGGAAAAUGUAUGAGGAAAGUCAUGGCAGUAUUGGAACAAAACCAGAUCCUCAGGAUGAUCACCAUGGCAACAGUUAUGGAGGACAGAAUGUUUCAAGAUGAACUGUGUCAGCUCUAAGCUGGAUGUAUUGUACAGCCAAGAUGUCUUGGAAUGAAAACCACUUGAAUGAACCACUAGUACCAACCAUUUGGAUCAAAUACCAGGAUCACCCACUUAGUUGCGUCAGUGAUUCUGUGUAUAUAUAAGAUACUUGGAUACAGUGGAACCAGCAGUGGUUGGUCACAAGUUCAUGUUAGUGUUGUGGCUGACUUUGCCAGAUCCAGGGCAUGAGAAACGGCUUAUGUUGUACAUACUGAAGCAGCUGGGGUAGCCCAGUGGUUGAAGUGUUUGGUCGUCAUGCCUAUGACCCGGGUUCGAUUCCCAACAUGGCAACAAUGUGUAAAGUGCAGUGAUAUUGCUAAAAGCGGCAUAAAACCCAACUCCUCACACACUCGCUGAAGCUGCUAAUGUUACAAGGAACUGGUGCUAGAGCUUAUUAUGAAUCUGGUGAAUUAACUGGGAAAUCUCAGAAAGUGUGAGAUGUUGUGUGUCUGAGGUACGAUUGGAGUGAUGUCUUGUAUCUUGGCUGAUUGGGAAUUGUAGUUCCCUUUGCACAGGUACUCAUAAUGUCAACCACUGGUUUGCUUGGUCCAGGCUUCAUUAUCUACAGACUGCAUUGAAAUAGCAGUAAUAUUGCUGACUGUGGCAUUAUGCAACAUUCGAUCGCUCACUUGGAUGGUUGGGGUGCUGCAAUUUGUUGUACAGAGUUGUGUCCCUUGGUCAUGCCAGGAACCUGUGAUUGAAUUUGAAUCCAUGUUUGCCCUGAUUUUGCUUCAGUUUUGUUUUUUCAGUUCAAUACGUGUGCUCAUGGGGUUUCAAGUUCAAUACCUGUGCCCAUGGGUUUUCAAGUUCAAUAUCUGUGCUCAUGGGUUUUCAGUUCAAUACCUGUGCUCAUGGGUUUCAGUUCAAUACCUGUGCCCAUGGGUUUUCAGUUCAAUACCUGUGCUCAUGGGUUUCAGUUCAAUACCUGUGCCCUUAGUUUUCAAGUUCAAUACCUGUGCCCAUGGGUUUUCAGUUCAGUACCUGUGCUCAUGGGUUUCAGUUCAGUACCUAUGCCCAUAGUUUUCAGUUCAGUACCUGUGCUCAUGGGUUUUCAGUUCAAUACCUGUGCCCAUAGUUUUCAGUUCAGUACCUGUGCUCAUGGGUUUUCAGUUCAGUGCCUGUGCUCAUGGGUUUCAGUUCAAUACCUGUGCCCAUAGUUUUCAAGUUCAAUACCUGUGCCCAUGGGUUUUCAGUUCAAUACCUGUGCCCAUAGUUUUUAGUUCAGUACCUGUGCUCAUGGGUUUUCAGUUCAAUUCCUGUGCCCAUAGUUUUCAGUUCAGUACCUGUGCUCAUGGG